ACCAGCAUGAGGAGACAAGCGCUACAGCCAGACAGGCUAGCAGCAGGCUACGCCCCUGUGUCUUUGUUCAACCAAAGAAAAAGAAACAGAAUUCCCCUGAAAUCGGCUCCCUGUGAAAAUGAAUUCUUUUUCCAUAGUGGUGAAUACAUGGCAGCCAGCAGCUCCGCUGAACCUUCCAGUACCUCAGGCACAUAUGGAGGUUACAAGGUCUCAACCCCUUCCAGUGCUCCUCAAGUCCACCAGUGGAACAGCCAGGCUGGUGUACAGUCCGUUAAGCCCCAGCAGUACUACAGCAACAGACCUGCUCCUGGACCUUCUCCACCAGCAAUAACUUUUACAUCCACCUCACAUCCGUACAAUGCUGGAGCCAAAAGCGCUGUGAUGGGACAGUCCAAUGGUCCAGUCAGACAGAAUUCCAGCUCUGAACGGAGUUUCAGCCACAGCAAAUAUCAAGGCCCCUAUGAUGAGAACUCACAAAGCAAACCAGCACUUCAUACAGGCUUCUCCCAGAUGGGUCAGCAGACACCUCACAGACCACCGAGCUCCACACCGCUGCAUUCCCAGCAACCCAGACAUCUCCUUCCUCCAGAAGCACCAUCCAGGAUGCUUCCUGUGCCAGCUGUGCCUCCACCUAAGAAGUCCUGGAAGUUCACCAACAGCUUUGAGCUAGAGAAGUCCAGCUUUGGAGGGAAAAUAAGCUCAAAUCAGCCUCAAAUGGCUCAACCCAUGAAAACUAAGGAAACACUUCCAAUGACGCCUGCUGCCGAGAACUCACUGAGGAUCCUGACUGUAGUAAUUGAAGGAAUGAGAUACUGGAGCCAGUUUAAAAACAAAGUGCCUUUGCUGUUUGAGAUAUUUGCUACUCUGGACUCUGCUGUCACACUGGGAAGCUACGGAGCCAAGAGCUUCCUCCUGAGAGACGGGAAGAAGGUUCUGCAGUGUGUUUAUUAUGAAAACGACCAGGUUCUGCCCCGUCUCAUCCGAGGUCAGGUCCAUCGCUGUGUUGGCAACUAUGACCGUGCCAGAGAUGUCCUGAUAUGUAUGUCUGUUCGACCCGGUCUGACCUCGGAGCAGAAAAAUGCUCAGGAGGCUGUCAAAGCCUCUGAUGCAGAAAUGAGAGCUCUGGUCAAGAAACUCCGGGAAGUCUGAGCAGCAGCGGGUAUCUUUAGUUCAGUGGUGUAAACAAACACACGUUGCUCAUGUUUGAGCACUUGUUAGGAUUAUAAGUCAUUUUAAAAUAAACAUGUCUGGUGUUGUAGCAAUUUGCUACCAGAAAAGGUUGAUUGUAUUUUAAAAUACUUAAAAUCACCUAAAUGUUCUUGUUAAAUAUUGUUGUUGUUUGUUUUGACAAAUAUAAACUAUUGUCUAUCAAAACUUUA